AGCAUACGUUAAACCAAGAUUGGUAAUGCCAUUUUAUGUAAUUGUGAAACAAAAGCAAUGGCAUAUGACUAAGCAGGCAAAGCCUAAAAUCAAAACAAAAGGGGCUGCACCGGCCAGGAGGCUUAGAGCGAUUAUACAGCGGAUUCCAUGCAUGAACCCUACUGUACCGGUCACUUCUAACAAAUGCUCACUCUCCCCUCAUAACUCUCGUUUUCCACUUGGAAACAUUCAAAUCUUCCAAUCAAAGCUCUCUUCAGCAUUUUCUCAGAGAAAAUAGCUGUAACAUCUUCUCCAACACCCCGCAUUAGCCAAAAUGAACUCCGAACUAAUUCAUAGAAACCAAACUACUUCAACACAACCGACUCCCACUCCACGAGGUAAACCUUCGAACCUCGUCAAAAACUCGACGGCCCCAUUUCGUUACAUGCUUCAGAAGCAGCGUUUGGUCUUUGUUCUUGUCGGUAUCGCCAUUGCUGCACUCUUUUUCAACGCUUUUCCUAUAUCAUCACCAUCACAGGAACCGAUUCAUGGUUUAAUUCCGGACCCGGUUUUGGCAUCCGAAUCCACCCAUGGUACUCGGAGAGUCCUAUACGAAGAAAACCCUGAGGCCUCACGACGCAGUAACGUUGCUGGCAAGGUGCCGCUGGGAGUGAAAGGGAAGAGCUUGAGGAUAUUGGUCACUGGUGGAGCUGGGUUCGUGGGAAGCCACCUUGUGGACCGUCUGAUAGGAAGAGGAGAUAGUGUGAUCGUGGUUGAUAACUUCUUUACAGGGAGGAAAGAGAAUUUGGUGCACCAUUUUGGUGAUCCUAGGUUUGAGCUCAUCAGGCAUGAUGUUGUUGAACCAAUUCUCUUGGAAGUUGAUCAGAUCUAUCACUUGGCUUGCCCUGCUUCUCCUGUUCAUUACAAGUUUAAUCCUGUCAAGACCAUUAAGACAAAUGUGGUGGGCACAUUGAACAUGCUAGGACUUGCAAAGAGAGUCGGUGCCCGCUUCUUGCUAACAAGCACCAGUGAGGUCUAUGGCGAUCCUCUGCAGCAUCCCCAGGUCGAGACCUAUUGGGGCAAUGUCAAUCCCAUCGGUGUAAGAAGCUGCUACGAUGAGGGCAAGCGCACUGCCGAGACCUUGACCAUGGACUAUCAUAGAGGCCUUGGCAUCGAGGUGAGGAUUGCUCGGAUUUUUAACACCUAUGGUCCACGCAUGUGCAUCGACGAUGGCCGUGUCGUCAGCAAUUUUGUGGCACAGGCUUUAAGAAAGGAGCCGUUGACUGUCUAUGGUGAUGGAAAGCAAACCAGGAGUUUCCAAUAUGUGUCAGACCUGGUGGAGGGUCUAAUGCGAUUGAUGGAAGGUGAUCACGUGGGACCUUUCAAUCUUGGAAACCCUGGUGAAUUCACCAUGCUUGAACUUGCUGAGGUGGUGCAGGAAACAAUUGAUCCCAAUGCAAAGAUAGAGUUCAGGCCCAACACAGAGGAUGAUCCGCACAAGAGAAAACCCGACAUCUCAAAGGCUAAACAGCUUCUCGGUUGGGAACCAACCGUGUCCCUCCGCAAAGGGCUUCCUCUCAUGGUCUCGGAUUUCAGGCAAAGAAUCUUCGGUGAACAGAAAAUGGGUGGUGCAGCCGCUCAAUGAUUGGAGAAAGGAAACACCUUUGGCCAUGGCUAUUUAUCAAGAGUGCUGCUUAAGUGAAUAAUAAAUUGGCAGCAGGGGAGAUUUUUUAUUUCCAUUUUUAGCUGAGAGUGAUAGAGCAUUAAUCCAAUUUUUGUCUUUGUACAUUACCUUCUCUACUAUUCCAUCCUUUGCUUCUCAA